AUGAACGUGAUUGAUAAGCAUAAGGAGUCUAUCGAUGUUGAGAAUGCCCGCCUACGUAAAGAAUUAUCUACCUCGGUGGGUGCGUUAGACGAGAAGGUUUAUAACUCUGUAGAGGAGUUGAGGACUGCUACUAAUGAUAACUUUAAUGCUGUGAAGAUUUGCUUGGAUGAUCGUGACCGUCAACACAAUGAAGUGACUUCUAGGUUUGAUCGUCGUCUUGAGGCUAUUGAUCUCAAAUUGACGAAUAUGGGAAGGCCUACUGUGAAGACGGUGCAGGGUGCUCAAGCUUUUGAUUUAAAUCCUGAUCGUGUAGGAGCUCAACAGGUUAUUGGUAGUAAUAACGAUUUGAGGAGUCCUUAUGAUAGGCAUGUUACGUUGAGAAAAUGUACUGGCUCUGCCUUUAGCUUGAAUGGUAAUGGAGAGCCUUUUGGUCGUGAUGUAGGUCGUAGCAGUCAUGACCAAGGUCUUCCUGUGGCGUCGAAUGCUACCUCUGAUUAUGGUAUGCCUUUGUACGGGCAGGAGAGUCCGAGCUUUUCCUUCAACCCCGUUGGUUCUGGUGGUGGGUCUAAGGCAACUACAGAGCAUGGGGCUGGGUAUGUGCAGGUGACCCUAGUAGAGGCCGAAUCUACUCUAGUAAUGGUCCUGAAUGUCACCAAGAACGAGUAA